GGAGGCGGCGGCCGGGGCGCAGGAAGGGCAGCGGGGGCGCGGGGAGGCGGGCACAGCCGCGCCUUAAAAGUCCCCGCUGGGACGGGCUCGUUUCCGCGUCACCCCGCCGUCCUGAUGGCCCCCGCCGUGCCGCUGGCCGUCCUGGCCCUGCUGGCCCUGCUGGCCCCGGGGCUCGGCGCGGCCCCCGGCUGUGAUUACCCUGCCCAGCGCUGGUGCAGCUCCCGGGACACCGCCGCCGCCUGCCAGGUGGAGAGCCGCUGCCCCAGGCUCCCUCAGCCCGCGGCCGCGCCCGUGGAGCUGAGCCUGUACUACGAGAGCCUGUGCCCGGCGUGCCGCGCCUUCCUGGUCCUCAAGCUCUUCCCCACCUGGCUGCUGCUGCCCGAAGAGAUGCUGAACAUCACCCUGGUGCCCUACGGCAACGCCCAGGAGAGGAACUUCAGCGGCAAGUGGCACUUCCAGUGCCAGCACGGCCCCGAGGAAUGCCUGGGCAACAUGAUGGAGGCCUGUCUGAUGCACGAGGCCAAGAACUUCAGCACCUACUUCCCCGUCAUCUUCUGCCUGGAGUCGGGCAGCUCUGUCACCAAGAACCUGGAGGCUUGCCUGCAGAUCUACGCCCCAGAGGUGGACAUUGGCCGCGUCACCGCCUGCGUGCGGGGGGACACGGGGGUGGCCCUGAUGCACCACAACGCCCAGCUGACCGAGGCUCUGGACCCCCCGCACCAGUACGUGCCCUGGAUCACCAUCAAUGGGAAGCACACGGACGAGCUGCAGGCACAGGCAGAGGCCUCGCUGCUGGGGCUGGUUUGUCACCUCUACCAGGGGGAGAAGCCUGAAAUCUGUGGGGGCUCCAAGGCCCCGAAGAUCCCGUCGGGCUGCAGGCGCUGAGGGAUGGUGUGGGAGCAGCGAGAGGGAGGCCAAUAAAAAGGAUAUUUUUAUGGAAAACCAGCAGGAUCUGGAGUGGUGUG